AUGUUGUUCAUCUACAUACUACAAUGCUUGACAGAGGCCUCAAGUCAAAUGCGUCAGCGCCCACGCAACAGAUCUAUUUCUCACCAUUUCACUAGGAAAACAGCACGUAUAGAUGGAGAUAUAAUGAUAGGAUGCCUCUUUCCAAUCCAUGAGCAGCCAACUCUUAAUUCUACUAGAUCGAGAAAAUGCGGAGCGGUCCGUGAGCAGUACGGUAUCCAAAGGAUAGAGGCGUUAGUGAAGGCUGUGCGUGAAAUCAACGAUGAUCACACUAUACUUCCAAAUAUUACUUUGGGCUUGGACAUUCGGGACACCUGCUGGUAUGCACCCAUUGCCCUUGAGCAGAGCAUUGAUUUCAUCAGAAACGCUCUUACAUACAUGGAAAAUGAAGGGCGGUGUAUGGAACAGUUCCCGACCAACUAUGAAACUAUCAAAAGCGUUAAGCUUCAGCAUUGCCUUGAUGAAGCAGUUGGUGUGGAAAACAAGCCUAUCGCUAGCCUUAUUGGACCUGGUUCAAGUCAUGUCUCCAUGCAAGUUCAAAACCUUCUUCAGCUUUUUAAGAUACCCCAGAUAGGUUAUUCAGCGACUGCUAUGGAGCUCAGUCGAACAGAUGAAUAUGCUUACUUCUUGAGGUUGGUGCCACCCGACUCCUUCCAAGCUCAAGUCAUAUUUAGCUUGAUUCAGCAGUUUAAUUGGUCCUAUGUCUCCUUGGUCCACUCAGAAGGUAAAUAG